GGGCAGAUGGUGGACACGGAGGAGGGAGGAGCCAAGAGUGAGGACCUGGCCCCUUGCUGCAGCUGUGGUGUCCCCCUGUCCCUAGCUUCCAAGAAACCCCCCUCUCCUGCUCUCUUCAGUUCUCUGAGAUGCCCCCAUAUUUGUACAGUAAUUCUUUUUGGCUCAAGCCAGCUUGGGUCGGUCCCUUUCUCUUGCAACUGAAGAGUGUAUCGAGUAUAGUAGAGCCCCCAAACUGUGGGGGGGGGGGGCAUGGAGCUCUUCAUCUUCUUCAACUUUUGAGAUGGAAAUGGAGCAUGGUUAAUCAUUACACUGAGACUACAGGUAUAAAUUGGGGUGGUCCUGACGGACCUGACCAUACGGUCACCCCAUCUGUAAGUUGAAGGAAAAACACACAGGCCCCUUUUCAUCUGACGGCUGGUGAGGCAGGGAUGGCUAUUGUCUCUCUGAGGUAAAGCAGGAAAGUGGUCCAAGGUGGGGUGGCAGUGGGAGAGGGCUCGGGCUGGCAAGUGGCUGUAUUUUCCUGCCUGGUUGGUGUGGAGCCAGGAAGCCAAUUCCGGCUGUGGGAGAAAGGUCAGGGUCGCAUCCCCUUUCCUUUCUUCUUGAUGGAUGAAAGGCCGAUUCUUUGACAUGUGGACUCCCCAAGGCCAGGCGGACUGUGCCCUUCCAGGAUCUGUGGGCAGGACAGUGGGCAGGGCCCCGGGGGGAGUCAAAGGAGGCCCUAGCGCAGCCCGAGCAGCAAGAUGGAUGGGGGGGCUUCCAACACUAUAAGUGGCCCUGCCAGGGCCUUCGCUCGGGGCUCUGGCCAUGCUCCUCCUCGGGCUGCUGCUGCUGACCCUGCUGGCUGGUGCCCGCCUGCUGUGGGAUAAGUGGAAGUUCCGCAGCCUCCACCUCCCGCCUCUCGUGCCAGGCUUCCUGCACCUGCUGCAGCCCAACCUUCCCCUCUACCUGCUGGGUCUGACCCAGAAACUGGGGCCUAUCUACAGGCUCCGCCUUGGGCUGCGAGAUGUGGUGGUGCUGAACUCCAAGAGGACCAUCGAGGAAGCCAUGAUCAGGAAGUGGGUGGACUUCGCCGGCAGACCCCAGACAGCAUCCUAUCAGCUGGUGUCUCAGCACUUCCCGGACCUCUCCCUCGGGGACUACUCCCUGCUCUGGAAGGCUCACAAGAAGCUCACCCGCUCAGCCCUGCUGCUGGGCCUCCGCAACUCCAUGGAGCCGCUGGUGGAGCAGCUGACCCAGGAGUUCUGUGAGCGCAUGCGAGCCCGGGCCGGCACCCCUGUGGCCAUACAGGAGGAAUUCUCUUUCCUCACCUGCACCAUCAUCUGUCACCUCACCUUCGGAGACAAGGUCAAGGAGGACGCCUUGGUACAUGCUGUUCAUGACUGUGUCCAAGACUUGAUGAAAACCUGGGAGCACUGGUCCAUCCAAAUUUUGGACAUCAUUCCCUUUCUCAGGUUCUUCCCCAACCCAGGCCUCUGGAGGCUGAAGCAGGCCUUGGAGAACAGGGACCACAUGGUGGAAAAGCAGCUGAGGCAGCACAAGGAGAGCAUGGUGGCAGGCCAGUGGAGGGACCUGACUGACUAUAUGCUCCAAAGACUGGGGAAGCCAACAGCAGAAGAGAGCCACGGACAGCUCCUUGAAGGACAUGUGCAUAUGUCUGUGGUGGACCUGUUCAUUGGUGGCACUGAGACCACGGCGACCACUCUCUCCUGGGCCGUGGCGUUCUUGCUUCACCACCCUGAGGUUCAGCAGCGACUGCAGGAAGAGCUGGAUCGUGAGCUGGGCCCUGAAGCUUCAGGCUCCCAAGUUCCAUACAGAGACCCCGCCCGGCUGCCCUUGCUCACGGCCACCAUCGCGGAGGUGCUGCGCCUGCGGCCGGCCGUGCCCCUGGCCUUGCCGCACCGCACCACACGGCCCAGCAGCAUCUUGGGCUACGACAUCCCUGAGGGCAUGGUCGUCAUCCCCAACCUGCAAGGCGCCCACUUAGAUGAGACAGUCUGGGAGCGGCCCCAAGAGUUCUGGCCCGAUCGCUUCCUGGCCCCCGGAGCCAGCCCCAGAGUGCUGGCCUUCGGCUGCGGGGCACGCGUGUGCCUCGGGGAGCCACUGGCGCGCCUAGAGCUCUUCGUGGUGCUGGCACGGCUGCUCCGGGCCUUCACGCUGCUGCCACCCGGGGGCACCCUGCCCUCCCUGCAGCCCCAGGCCCGCUGCGGCGUCAACCUCACCAUGCGGCCUUUCCAGGUGCAGCUGCAGCCCCGGGGGACGGGGGACCGGGCGCUGGGCCAGCACCCAUGACAGGGCAGAAUGCACGCUGGUCAUACACGCGCCUCGGUUUCUCCUUUUAUUAUUCCCGUACAAACCCCUGCCCUCCCCCCUGUAAACAUGGUGCUGUGAGA